GGAAGGGCGAGUGGGGGAGGGGCUGGCACGGCGCGAAUCGCGCUUGUUUAGUGGUCUCCGCCCUCCGCGCGCGCUUGUCCCUAGCGGGGCCCCGUACGGCGCCCUCAUUCUUUCGGCCAGUCAUGGAAGGUGCCGGGGCCUCCUCGGAGACCCUGCGCUACGUUGAGUACGCGAGGGUCCCCGGCGGCGGCCGGCAGGGUGAGCCCGACAUGGACAGGGGGCUGGCCAGAACUAUGAUAGCAGUUGGCCUGGGUGUUGCAGCUGUUGCAUUUGCAGGUCGCUAUGCUUUCCAGGUCUGGAAACCACUGGAACAAAUAUUAACAGAAAGAGCAAAGAAGAUUGCAACCGCUAGUUUUUCAUCCUACUAUAAAGGAGGAUUUGAACAGAAAAUGAAUAGACGAGAAGCGAGUCUUAUUUUAGGCAUAAGAUCUGUUCCUAUGUGUAUCCAGAGACAUAUGGCUGACCAAAUGUACAAGGCCAAUCAGUUACCUCUGUGUAACCUUCCUGAAGUCCAUCUGCUGACAAGGCCAAGAUUAGAACAGCUCAUAGGAGAAUCAUGAUUUUGAAUCACCCUGAUAAAGGUGGAUCUCCCUACUUAGCAACAAAAAUAAAUGAAGCAAAAGAUUUGUUAGAAUCCAGCACCAAAAAUUAAUGUCCAAGGACUUCUGUGAUAGAACUUUUUAUAUGUUCCUUUCUACCGGAAAUCCUGUAGAUAUAUUGUGCAAUAGCUACGUGCUGCUCUAUUUAGUUGCAUAACACUGGAUCAAAUAGUUAUCUAUAUUCAUUAUUAAAGAUCUAAGACUAUUUAAAAAGCAAA